ACGCGAUGCUGGGGUUUUUGUCCGCGCGACAAGCGGGUUUGGAGGAUCCUCUUCGCCUCCGAAGAGCGGCGUCCACACGGAGGGUUUUGGGACUGGAGUUAAACAGAGACAGAGAUGUUGAAAGAAUCCAUGGCAGUGGAGUUAACACACUUGACAUUGAACCUGUUGAAGGGAGAUACAUGUUAUCAGGUGGUUCAGAUGGUGUGAUUGUGCUUUAUGACCUUGAGAACUCCAGCAGAAAACCUUAUUACACAUGUAAAGCAUUGUGUUCCAUUGACAGAAACCAUCCUGAUGUUCACAAAUACAGUGUGGAAACCGUACAGUGGUAUCCUCAUGACACUGGCAUGUUUACAUCAAGCUCAUUUGACAAAACUCUGAAAGUUUGGGAUACAAACACAUUACAAACUGCAGAUGUAUUUAACUUUGAGGAAACAGUUUAUAGUCAUCACAUGUCUCCAGUCGCCACUAAGCACUGUUUGGUAGCAGUUGGUACUAGAGGACCCAAAGUACAACUUUGUGAUUUAAAGUCUGGAUCCUGUUCUCACAUUCUACAGGGUCACAGACAGGAAAUAUUGGCAGUUUCCUGGUCACCACGUUAUGACUACAUCUUGGCAACUGCAAGGUGAACUAUGGAAAAGUUUGUAAUAACAGUAGAAAAGGAC